AAAAAUAAAUUAAAAAAAAAAGAACAAAGUGUCAAAGCAGAAUUGAACUGACAAAAAUAUCAUUGGAAAUUUUGGCGCCCAACGAAGUGGGUUUGCUAUGUAAUUAUUACCGCAACUUUACAUACUCAAUAAUUUAAUUUUCUAUGAAUAAAUCUAUUUUAUUCUGUAAACUUUGGCUAAACUAAGUUCUUCACACCAAAUCAUAAACAGAAUUAAAUGAGGGGGUGAGAGAUAAAAAAAUCCUUGAACGCAGCGGUCUUGACACUUGUAAGUAAGCAAGCACAUGUCUCUCCCGCGUCGUGAUUGGCCCGAUUUUGAAAGUUGGGGGAUUCCGGACCAUGUGCCUGCAAUAGUUUGAAUUUUUAGUGGCACUCUGUCGUCUUCGCUCAUUGCUUGCUUGCACGGCGAGGGUCCACUUCAGUAUCUCGCGAAAUUUAAACAUUCGACAAUGGCUGACGAAAAUUUAAACUUUGACAUAAAUAACAUUGAGUUUCAUGUUAUAACACUUUUUGAAAAACUGGAUAAUAUCCGGCGAGAGAAACUCCAGGAAAUGUCCUUAAAAAAGCUGCCGAUUCAAGUAGAACUUCGGACAUUCGAAUUUUGGAAGUCGCUGAUCUCUGAAUCUGUAGCGAGUUUCUUCUAUGUGUUUGUGGUAUGUGGUGCUAACGCAGCUUCCAGAAUGGGCAGCACAUCUCCGGCAAAUGUAUUUUUGUUUACUGCCCUUUCUUCGGGAUUUGCGAUGAUUUUUUUAACAAGUUUUUUUGGAAACACUUCUGGAGCACACGUGAAUCCAGCCGUUUCAAUAGCUAUGGGUGCAAUUAAACGGAUCUCUCUUCUAAGAACCUUCAUGUUUAUCAUCUCCCAAUGUACCGGAGCCGUAGCUGGAGCUGCCUUCUUAUAUGGAAUCACAGUACCAGGGUUUCAUGGUUACCAAGAGAACUUGUCUUCUGCUAUAGGACACCCAUCUAACAUAUUUACCUCAGUAGAACGCUUCGGCAUAGAACUAACCUUGACCUUUAUGGUUGUGUUUUCUUACUUUAUUGCCAUGGACACUUACCGCAAAUGGAAUGGUUCUGGGGCGCUUACUGUUGGUUUUACUUACUGCGCCUGUUCCUUAGUCUUUAUGCCUUACUUGAAUCCGGCCCGUGCUCUUGGUCCAUCAUUUGUUUUGAAUAAAUGGGAUUCCCACUGGAUUGACUGGCUCGGUCCAAUGCUGGGGGGUUUAGCUGCUGGCCUUUCCUACGAGUACAUUUUUAACCCUCACAGAGUAAAAAAAGUAAAAAAGCAGCGCGAAGAAGAAAUGUCUAGUAUGCCAUCAGACGAUGAACUUAACUAUGAUGAUGUUGACAAACCCCAACCACCAAAAUUUCACGGGUCUACCUAUAAUACUUAUAGAUCAACUACUGGAAUUGAGUCAAGAGGUAAUUAUUGUCCUAGCUUGUUUGGUGCGCCACCAGCAAGGUUAGAUAGAGUUGAGUCAAUAUAUGGUGGGACCAAGUCGUUAUGUCGCAGUCCUCCGCUUACUAGAGCAAAUUUAAAUAGAUCCCAGUCAGUUUAUACUAAAUCAAAUACAGCUAUCAACAGAGAACUACUGCCAAACCCAGGUCCUUUAGUACCCGCUCAAUCCUUAUAUCCUAUGCGCUUAAAUCAGCAAAGCCAUUUGCAAAACCAAAAUGUGCACAAUCAGAUGCAACAGCGAUCGGAUCAACUUUAUGGGGUUAGAGGGGUAACCCCAGGAACUAGCUCAACCAGAACGGAUAAUUACAGCACUACUGAACGUCAAAGAGAUAACUAUUCUACUAACGAGCGCCAAAGAAGGGAAAAUUACUCCACAACCGAUAACAUUUAUGGAGGAAGAACAAAUCCUGCAUCCAGUUCAGAUAGCAGUGAUAACAACCCUCCACCACCAAGAAAUAGACGACCUGAAUCCGUUUACGCCAUGUUAGGCUCCCAAGGUAGAGGAGCCCAAAAGCAGAAUACUUGUCAAUAUCCGGAAAAUCGAAAUGUAGUAGGAGCCAGCAAUCCAUCUCGACCACCACCACCACCACAGAGUGGAUCAAUGCACCCUAGUAAUUCAAAUACUAGCAAUUAUCAUCUUCAGCAUUCACCAAAUGCUCAAUAUUAGAUUGGUUAGAAACUUAAUGUAAUUUGUUCUUGUUGUCUAAAUGUUGUGUAACUUAUUAUGUCGAUAAAUUAUUAACUUCCUCUGAUAUUAGAAAAUUAAGCUGGUUUUAUAAUUUAAGUUAAAAAUAUAUAUAUAUUAACUUAUUUCUUUUUGUUACUUUAAGCGAUAUUGAAUGUAAGUUAAUAAUCUCUAUCGCAUUCCUGACUGUUGUAUAUAGAGAUAAUUUUAUUUUGUAUAUUUUCUAUAUUUUUGAGAUUUUGUAUUAUACCACAAUAUUUUUUGUAUAUAAACAUAAUAUGUUAUUUGAGGUAUGUAUCUUACUAAAGCGCGAAUUCGGGCUUACCGAAAAACAUAAUGUUAAGCUGGUAUCUAAUUAAACAAUUUUAAUCGCAAGGCCUCUAUAUUGCUAUUAAUAUUUUGUCGUUUUCUGUGUCACUCAAGAUAUAUACCUAAUUGUAUCUACUUGAAAAAAAAAAUAAAAAAAUGUGUUGUCAUGUA